AUGAAAUUCGUUCAGAUAGCAUUGCUUUUUCCGCUGUUUUAUAUAAUCGAUGGCAACACAACGAGUUCAAAAUCCCUUUGGGAUGAAGACGAGGAAGCUGUUCAGAAACCCAUACUCCGUAUCCAUCACAUCAACAUCUUCGGGGAUUCUCGAUAUAUGAAGGCUGUAGCCUUUAUAGACGAGACCCGCACCCAAUUUGGCAUAUCGAUUUGGCUGCGGGAGGAAUUGGGCAGUAAUUUCCUCACCUUCAACAUAAAGCUGCGAGUGCGACCGGCGGAAAAGAAGAUUUUCGUGACCCUUCUCCAAAUGCGAUCACUGGAUCUCUGUGGAUUCUUCACUGAGUUGUCGGGAAACCCGAUGAUGAAGUACUUUCUGCAAUCGCAAAUGCAACUCAGCGAUAUUAUUGCAUGUCCUGUGCGAGCGGGAAACUAUACUUUGAAGAAUGUGGCUGCCAAGGAUAUAUAUCCACAGGUUCUGCAGAACGGAACCUACAAAUUCUUCGUUGAGGUGAUUGAGGCAACGGCCGAGAAGGUUUUCGCCUUUCAGGUGACCACAGAGAUUCGAGUUCCAACUGCCCCCAAAUAA